AUGUCUACCCCAACUUCCUCCUCCCGCGUCGAGGAGGAGACUGUCCCAACAUACGAUCCACAGAGAUUUUACCCCGCGAAGCUGGGAGAAGUAUUUGACUCGCGAUAUACGGUUAUCUCUAAACUCGGAUUUGGCACGAAGUCUACCAUCUGGCUCUGCCGAGACAGCAAGUACACACUUGCCGGCUUUCCGCUAAGAUAUGACAGGAGUCAAGAAUAUGUUGCUGUCAAAGUCUGCGCCCUUAGGCAAAAAAUCCGAGAUAUUGACGCUCCUCCCAAGCAGAAUCCGAGGAGGCUGUUACGGCCUUCUUCAACUCGAUUCAGAUUGAACAUCCGGGGCUCUCAUGGAACUCAUCCAUGCUUAGUUUACACGCCUCUUGGCAUGAACUUACUCCAAUUGCGUAAUGCCAUGCCAAACCAAGCGCUGCCCACUCCGCUUCUACAGCACACCUUGCUGCGAGUAUCAUUCGGCUUAGAUCUUCUUCACCAGGCUGGUGUCAUUCAUACAGGCAUGUUUUCUUUGUUGGGAAUAGACAAAGCUGAGUCCGAGCACCCAAUUAUCCUCAAAACCACUGGAGACAGAACCAUAUAUGGCUCUCGGCCUCUGCCAAUCACUCAGGGCAUCCCAGUUAUCUGUGACUUUGGUGAAUCUCGCAUGGGACAGCCUGGGCAAAAGUAUCGAGGGGAUGUGAUGCCUGACUUUUACCGCGCGCCAGAAGUAAUUCUGGGAAUGGAAUGGGACGAAAAAAUUGAUAUCUGGUGUGUUGGGCUAAUGGAUCUAUUCCAGGGUACUCGCCUAUUCUACGCCCUGAAGGACAGGAUCCUUAACGAUGAGCAACAUCUUGCGGAGAUGGUUUCGCUCAUGGGUCCUCCUCCAAAAGCCUUCCUCGAGCGAAGUCCCAAGUGCCGUGAGUACUGGGAUGCUGAUGGUAACUGGAUAGCAUCAACACCCAUUCCGGAGCAAAGCUUUGACGUGAGAGAGGCCCAGCUCAAAGGCGAGGACCACCAUCUGCUAUUAGCACUCGUUCAAAAGAUUUUUCGCUGGCUUCCCGAAGAACGAGUAACGGCGCAGGACUUAACAGAGGAUGCUUUUCUUACCCAGUUUCUCAAGAAGAAGAACUAA